AUCCUACUAGUGGAAUUUUUAAUUGUUACGCAAUUUUUAAACACACCAGGAUCCUACGGGUUCAAAUCGCCCCUUCCUAAAUCGCCCGGCAACGCUGAUAUUUCUCACCGCACGCGCCAAAAUACACAAACCUCGUGCAAAUAGGCUGAUAAAACCCGAUCCACGCGUUCCACGACAGCUUAUACGUCCCCAACACAACCGUUUUUCACGGACAAUCACACGUCAAAACCUUGUGGUCACCCCGUCGCCAUGGCGACGCUAGGUAAACAAACGCCGGAGAAAUAAACAGUGGGGGUUGGUUUCCCGGCAUGCCGUGCGCGCAGUGCCUGGUUCGGCCGUGAAGACGUCAAGACAUGGACUGAGAUUCUCCCUCGAUUUUCCUAAUUUUUCGACCAGAAAGAUCCUUAGAAUGGCGACCAUGAAGCAUCUAGAGGUCCAGCCGACGGCUAAGAACGUCACAGUCUACAGAAAUGGCGAUCUGUACUUCCCAGGGCGCAAGUUUGUCGUCAACGAAAAGCAAGUCCGGAACUUCGACUCUUUCCUCAACCAGGUGACGAACGGUCUGGGAGCACGGUUUGGCGCCGUGCGGAAUAUCUGGACGCCGACACACGGACACCGCGUACGGGAACUGGAGGCCAUCGAUAAUGGCAAAACAUACGUGGCUGGAGGGUUCGAGAGGUUCCGCAAAGUGGACUACGAACACAUCGCGUCCAAAUUGCAGGAACAGCGGUCGCCGCGUACGAAAAAGACGUUUUCACAGAUCAAGCCAGUACAACACAGCCGGUUGCAGAGAUCGGCGCAGUAUCUGAAGGCAUCGCAAGCCACCGGCCCAGUCACUAUACACAUAUACAGGAAUGGCGAGCCUGCGCGGCGUCCGAUGAAGCUUCUCCUGACCAAGUACAUGAUGCGUACUCUCGAGAACGUGCUGGAGUACGUGGCACAGAAGGUCGAGCUGUCAACCGGCGCCGUUAGAAGGUUGUUUACUAUGGACUUUGCGAUGGUAGAGGACCUGUCCCAGGUCCAGAACGGUCAGUACUACGUGGCGGUCGGUAUGCAGCGCUUACAGAAACUCCCGUACGGGGAUACCGCGCUCAACAUUAGCUUGGGCGGCACCGCUGCAGUCAGAAGGAGGAAGCCACGUCCCCUCCCACCAGGAAAAUAUGCCAAGCCUAAGGAAGCCAAGAAGGAGGAGAAUUCUGUGUUCCACCACAAACCUGCGAAGGUGAAGCGAUCCCCCAAGAGUAACAACACCAGUGUCCUCAACAGUGAACACAGUGGAUCCGGAGGUCCAUUCCACGCAAGGGGUCAGCGUGAAGAGACGAAAGACGCAGGUACUGUCGGGGAAAACGAAGACACAAAAGUGGAGCUUCCCAUUGACCAGGUUGAAGCUGAUGAGGUGGAGGAGGAAGAAAUCAACACAGGUCAGGACACGGAGGUCAAACUGUCAGAGAGCGGCAGACAAACGUACAGCAAGGACGAGGGGCCGCGUACGUCUCCUGGGAACAAGCCUGAGGAAAUAGUGGAGGAGUCACCGAGUGGGGAGAGAAAUGCCAGUCGACGCUCCCACCCCAGUUCCCCACCCCCCAGUAAACCCAACUCCCCACCCCCCAGUAAACCCAACUCCCCACCCCUCAGUAAACCCAACACCCCACCCAGGGGGAAAUCCUCCACCCCACCCCCCGAUAACCCCAACUCCCCACCCCCUAACAACCCGGUGGAGCAAGAGGAGCUCAACAACAAGGCAGGCGGACCGGAGGCGAAUAAAACCGAAGAGCAGCUCGCCGAGGAAGGGGCGUAA